AUGGGCCAUGCAGUGGGAGAUUCUGCUCGCAGGUCGAUCGAGGCCAUUCGCAGAGGGAGCGUCCGAGCAGGCUGUUCGCCAAUUGUAGCCUCAAGCUGGGAACACAUAGAAGUGGUGCUGCUGGAGAGCACGGAAGUGGAGCACGUGUCGACCCUCACGCUGCGCAGCGAUUCGACUUUCCGAGCCGAGGUGUACAAGCGCUCUAAGGAGUGGAUCAGAGAGGAGACUCUUUCCAGGAACCUGUCUCAGGGCCCUGCGUGUGGAUGCUGGAGGCCCUGUGGGAGAGGUGUAGAGCUCACCUUCGCGGCGGAGGAGGAGCUUGGUCUGGAGGAGCUUGUGGUCCUCUACCGCUCCAAGCGAGGAGAUUUCCUGGUGGCGGAAGAGAGCUGGCUUCCCGAGGGUCUGGCUCAGGAGUAUUCCCUGUGCAGCCCCACCGCAACCUGCGAGGAGGCUGCAAGCGCGAGAGCACCUGACGGCCAGCUUGACCAGCAAGGCGAUGAAGGUGCUGGACAUGGCCGUCAAUCGAGGGAGGUCGGGUUGAGGCAGAUGCGGGAUGCGACGCACGAUGCCGACAGCGAGGUAUAUGAAGAUGACUUUGAAGAUGACUUUGAUGGCGAGGCGGAUGAGGCGGACUCGACCAGCUAG